AUGGGUUCUGUUAUAAUGGGUUGCACAUAUAUAUAUAUAUAUAUAUUGUCCAAAAAUCAAUUAUUUAAGCGAUAUGUAUAUGGGUCUUCCCGCGACACCUACACACGGGAGCGUGAACCUUAUCAGUCUAGAGAUGUUACCCGGACACGCAGCAACAGAGCUGUAACAUCUAGGAAUCAGAAUGGUAAUGAAUACCGUGAGGAGCACUUGAGUAGGGUAUCCAGGAGGGAUCACAAUUCAAGGAGAGAUGGAGGCGCACGGAAGGAGUCGGCACCUUAUUAUCGGGAAGAAGAUCAGCGAUGGAGAGCAAAACCUUCGAUCCCCUCUCGCCGUUCAGAUGAGGUCUGCGCCGGAGCUGGUAGUUCUUUACCCCAGCCAUCUCCACAACCACGAAACUUUGAGUUAGUUGUUCCGAGUGUUGAGGAGGAUGAUCAACAUAAUAACAGCAAAGUUCAGAGACGGAUCGCGAGUACCAUUGUAACUCCAUCCGCUGCUGCUCUUCCAAUGGAAAGCAAUGUCACAAUUCGGCCCAGAGGUACACCUAGAGUAUUAUCUUUCUCGCCCUUGCGAGAUCAAGAAAUAGAUGACACGGAGCAAAUGAUUGGUGCAUUGAAUGACAUGGAUAAUUUGGAACAUCACCACUCUAGCAUGAUGGAGUAUGAAUACAAUGAUCCAAACGAUGAUGAUCUACUUGGAGAGGAACUUAGGGAGGCUGAAGAGAGUACUAUCCAAGCAUCAACUGUGGUGGCGAAGAGCACUAGUCAGGGGCACAAGUCUUCACGUCAUCCCAGGAGUGGUGGUAGACAUAAUGCCUCUUUGGGCAUGUCAAACAAGGAUCUUGAUGUCCUUCGUCGAGGACCUCAUUCACAUCGCUCUAAGACAAGCUCCAGUGACGUAAGGCAGGGACAUAGCCGCCAU